AGGCCUCGGUCGCGGGAGGACGUACGCGCUCGCCUCUCCGGUUAGGGUACUCGUGCGCCGCGCUCGCCUGGAGAUGAUAGGCGACUCGAGGUGGAGUUCCCGCUCUGCUGCUUCGCUUUCCUCUUCCUCCCCGUUGCUGUUUGGUUCCCUCGAGUAGGAAGAUUUCGAGACGACGGGAAAAUCGAGAAAAGGGAAGUGAACACGAAAGUCGACGGAUGAUGAUGAGAGGAAACAGACGGAACCGGUGAUGAUUCGGAAAUACAGUGAUAAUUAAAGUUUAAAAGAUAAAUAAAUAAAUAAAUUGCCGUAAAAGGUAACGCAGAUUCUGAUGAAAUGCGAGUGAUGCGUGGUGAGAGGAUCACGUGAUGAUGGUGAUGAAAGUGACGACGGUGAUGAUGAUGGCGGCGAAGAAAUCCUGAGAGACGAGAAAGAGGAGAAAAAAAAGAGAGAGAGAGAGAUAAAAAAGGCAAGGAGAAGAAGUGGGAAAAGAGGAGGAAAAGGAAAAGACGUGGAUGGUUGACCACGGAGAGGAGGGGCGGGCAGGAUGGGCAAGCUACUGAGCAAGAUCUUUGGAAACAAAGAGAUCCGCAUCCUGAUGCUUGGCUUGGACGCGGCGGGCAAGACCACCAUCCUGUACAAGCUCAAACUGGGCCACUCGGUCACCACCAUCCCCACAGUCGGCUUCAAUGUCGAGACGGUAGCCUAUAAGAACGUCAAAUUCAAUGUUUGGGAUGUGGGCGGGCAGGACAAGAUCCGGCCGCUGUGGAGACAUUACUACACGGGUACGCAGGGGCUCAUCUUCGUGGUGGACUGUGCCGACCGGGACCGCAUGGACGAGGCGAGACAAGAGCUCCACCGCAUCAUCAACGACAGGGAGAUGAGGGACGCUAUCAUCCUAGUGUUUGCCAAUAAGCAGGAUUUGCCUGAUGCUAUGAAGCCUCAUGAAAUCCAGGAGAAGCUAGGCCUAACCAGAAUCAGGGACCGCAACUGGUACGUCCAGCCGUGCUGCGCAACCACGGGUGACGGGCUGUACGAGGGCCUUACGUGGCUCACCAGCAAUCACAAGUCAUGAUGCUUGGGCCGGGCUCCCAGCUCUUAGCUUCCAUAGUCAGCUCGGCAGACAGAGAUGGCUCCUCGGAUUGUGACGGAUGGACGGCCUAUGAACUAAACUAGUGGUCAAGGGGGAAAAGGGGGGUAUGGGGUAGAGGUUCAAACUCUUUGAGGACGACAGUGUGGUUUAGGAACUGGUGCCUCGCUAGAUUAGGCACAGGAAGGUGGCUGACUGGCCCUGAUCAUGAGACCCAGUAAGGGCAUUGGCUUCCCUUGAUUGCAGUGGUGCCAGGCAUGUCAGGACCAAACAAGAGAAAAUCUUAAAAGAGAGGAAGGAAAGAAAAGAAGGAAGAGGGAAAAGAAGGCAUAUAAGUGUUGUUGAAAGUCCUGCAUGUCUGAAGCAGGAACUAAGUGUGUUGGACAUGCAAACAUAUAGGGGAUUUCUGGCCGUGAAAGUUGCAGCUCUCUCUCCUCAGCAGCUGCUGCUCCAAGGGAUGCCAUCUCCAGCUGCCAAGUGUGAAUAGGAGUAUCAUUAUAAAUAAACUAAAUAAUAUUUAACGAGUGUUAAUGUAUAUUUUUGAUCUAUUAGUUGGAUAUGAUUUUAUCUACAAAAGACUGCCAAAUAAGUAUGGAUAAUAAGACUUGAUCUCUAUUGUACCCUGCACUAGCUAGAAAGACUACAAUUAUGAGUUAAUUCAUGAUUUUAUAGGAAACACUGUUAAGCAUUCUCAGAGCAAAUACUUCUAUAAAAGAUUAUAUCAGCCAAUUAGAUUAAUUACUUACAAAGGUGCAUCCACUAAUCUUGAUGUUUGUCAUCAAUCUCAAGUUUCAUUAGACCAUCUUAGAUUCUAGUAUUGGUCAUUUCCAUUGUUUUUCUCAUUUCUUUUUCAUUGAAUUUUUUUUUUCACAUGCAAUACGUCUUACACAUUUGAACUCGCUUAUUUUCUCUCCCACUCGUUCUUCCCGGGCACAAAGUUUAAAAAAGAUAAAAAAUAACAAAGAGCUCGAGCACUGCACUAUUUUCUAACAUGUGUAUAUAGGAUCCAUGGUGCUCUCCUGAGGUCCCCAGAGAGGAGAGGCGCUCAAGUUGUCGUAUUGAUAAGACUUUUCUAUAUUUGUCUACAUUAUGUUCCGUUUUUGUUUUUGCCGAGAGGGGAGCCGAGGGUCCCACGAUGGACAACUUUUCGAUGUCAGGGUUCAGUCAUUAUCACAGUGUAUUUAAAAUGUGUGUGUGCGUGUAUUAUGAAGGGAAUCUAUGUCUGUGUGUGUUGGGGGAUAGUUUCUUUUUUACACACUUUAAAAGAUAGUUUGAUUAUUAUAAAAAAAAGAGAGAGAGAGAAAAAGGAUUUUAAAAAAGAUGGUUCUGUAUAUAUAAUGUGCAAAGUAGUCGGUGCAUGAGAUGCUUCUGCGUAAAGUGUUUAGGUCUGCAGUUGCUCUUGAGAUUUUGUGGUUGCAUUUUUUUUUUUUUUUUUUUUUUUCUUUCUUUUCAUUUCUAUUUUCCCUUUUUGUUUGUUGUUAUGUUUUUGUUUCUUGUGUACUGCAUUAAGACUUCUUUAUAGUUCUUCUAAUGUGAUGUUUUAUUAGGAGCAAAUCUUUUCUGUAGUUUUUUGAACCUGGAUGCAAAAAUAAUAUUUACCAGUGAUAAAAGUAUUUUAUGUGUAUAUAUACAUGUCUAUGUAUAUGUACAUGUAUAAAACAAGUUAGUGGUUGCUAAAUUUGUAUUGUGAAUAAGAGGUUUACCUUUUCUUUCUUUUUUUUUGGUGGGGGUUGCCUUUUGGAAAUAGCACACCAAAAACUUUUGAUUCUAAAGGCUUUGAAAUACAUCCAGGUACAAGGUGUUUUAUGAAAAGACAUGGGCUAUGGGAGAAGGUGACGACCCUGAGCAAAGGUCACAGUACAGCACCACAAGAGGCUCUCGGCCCACACUGUGUUUGGCAACUUGUUUCCAGUCAACUUUUUUUCGUCUGUUAUCCUAGGCAGUGAUGUGUCUAAAUUUGAAAGGAUUGAAGUUUCUAGAACACAGGGUGUGUGUGUGUGAACACUUAACAAAAGAGGUAUUGCAGUUGAGAAUGCAAUAUCAAUAUAUGUACACAAUGACAUUGUAGUUACUGAUAACCUUAUAGGUUACACAAACUUACAUUAAUGCUGUAAAAAUUGUUUCCCCUGAGCAAAGUAAACAUUAUCUGCACUGCCAGUAAUCCCAUUAUAUCCUUGCCAGAGUUAAUAAAUUCUUGUAGACCUUAUUUGAAUGUUUUCUCACCAGCUUUGAUGUCUGAAUACUAACCCUUUUGUUUGUGAGGUGUAGUUCUUCUCAAAUAACUCCUGUGAUGUUCAUUAUUACUUUUUUCUUUCCUUUUAUCAUUUAGGGGGAGCUGUAGGGAUUGGUUAAAAGUGUGUUGAGGGUAUUGUUCUCAAGUAUUACACUAGCAGAGGACAGUCUUCUUUUCUGGAAUAGAUUACAGUAAGAGAGAGAGAGAGAGAUGGGUGGAGGAGGUGGCAGUGUGGAUGUAGAAGGCUUCUGAAAAGAUACAUAGAUUUCUUUUCUUUUUUAUAUAUAUAUAUCGCAAACUGAAAUGACAAUAUAUUGUUAGCUUUGAUAUGGAAGACAAAAAACACUUUCAGCUCGGUAGUUGUGAGACACCUUUAUAUAAUCAGUCUUACUCCCAGUCAUCAUUAUUUGGUGAUAAUCCCUCCUGUAGAACCGAGUCAUGUAGCAACUCUUUGUAUAGUAUGAAGCACAAUUUUUAAAAAAGAUAUAUUCCCUGAUUAUUAUUUUCUUUUUCUUUCUUUCUGUUUAUUGUGAUAUGCACUUCAUCUCUCUCAUUGCAGGAAGUUGUCACAGUUGCUUUUCCUUCAUAUGGGUUAUUGUUUCUCAUUAGGGCUGCUUUUUGCUUUUCUUUUUUUUUUAAUAUUUUCACUUUUUUUUAUUUGAGGCUGUAUUGUAUGAUAUAUCACUUUAAUGUCCUUUAGGUGUACUUGAAGAGAAAUAUGUUUUGUAACCUCUCUAUCCCUGUUUCAUAUCAAAAAAUAAAAAAAAAGAAAGAAAAAAACUUAGUGAAUAGCAGAAACAAAGAGAAACACUUGUAAUUUAAUGGAGAAAUGAACAGGGAAUGUGAAACAUUCUGGGAUACUUUGGGAUACUGAGCUCUGACAUAUUCAUGGUCAUCAUCAACUUUAAUUUUUAAGUACAGUUUGAGAGAUUAUGAUUUCCAGUGGGACUUGCAUGCCAGCAUAGGAGAGUGUCCAUGUAACUCGGAACACCAUUUGGCAGUUUAAAAAAAAGAAAAAAGAGAAAAAAAGAAAGAAAACUGUAAAAUCAAUGGCUAGACUUUCACAGAGGAAACAGAUGGUUUCCUCCUGUCAUAGAAGAAAGCAUGCUCAACUUGGCCACUCCGUCAAAGGAAAAUAAAAAUGGGGAGAAAAUAAUAUUAAAAAAAGAGAAAGAAAAAAUGAUAACCAUUUUGUUACUCUUGUUAUUAUGUUUUACUUGUAUAUGAAGUAGUUUGUUGGACUUUGGUAUUCCUUGUUGUCUACUCGUGUAGUAUGCUGUAUAAACUAUUUUUUCAUUUCCUUUUUACACUAUGAUUGUUAAUAUGUGAAGUCCAUGUCCCAUAAUGGUGUCUUUCUCUCCUUUAGGUAAGCACUAGGAAACAAUCAUGAAGAAAUGUAAAAGUUGUUAUUAUUAUUAUCAUUAUUAUUAUAACUAUUCCUUUUUCUUUUCUUCUUUCAGUCUGGUGUACAUUUUUAGUGACUCUUUUUUAAGUUCGAAGACAUUUUGUUGUGCAUAUAAAUCCAAAAUAUGAACUCCCUAGCUAAUAUUUAUACGUGGAAAAAUAAAUCACGGUUUUUGACGGCAGAAUAGAAAUAUAGAUUAUAAAGACUUCAUUUUCUAGCUGGUUGGAAAAUCUCUUGAUCAUAUUGGAAAAAAAGAACAAUGUUCAUCGUACUUAUAAAAGUCUAAAAGUAUGUGACAGAUUAAGCUUGUUCUUUGGUUGAACUCUCAACAUCAGGAAUUCUUUUCUAAUUAUUAUUAUUAUUUUUUUUUUCUAUUUUUUUUUCCAUUUGCUGUAGUAACAUUUUGUUGAUUGUGUAAAUAACAGUUGUAUGUUUCCAUUUCAUUUUGUAAAUAUAAAAUACCAGAUGUAUUUUUUUUUUCUUCUUUUUUUUUUUCUUUUUGUUUUUUGUUUGAUUUGUUUUCUUGUAGGAUGGUCUUAUAUUGCAAGGAUUAUUAUGUAACGGGUUUCUUUUGAAAACCCACCUUUUCUGAAUGUGCUUUGCUGAUAGCCAGAGUGAUAGGGACUUUUUGCUUGUAUGCGCCAUAGAGAGUUUACAUCCCAGCUGCUGAGGGACUCCAACCUCACCAGCACAACUCAUAUCAGGAGCUUUGUGACACAGCUUUAGAGCCUCAGCUACCUACCAUUGAUCAAAACCACUCUCAGAUGUCCUAAUUUUUGUAUAUAUGUGUCAGGUGAGCACCGUUCCAUUCCCUUUCAACAUAGUCCUGCGUGCAUAAUUGGGUUCAUCCAAGUCUGCACAGGUGCAUCUGCGGUUGUGGCUACUGCUCUGUGCAGUAUGCUUUAUCUGAUGCCUUUCUCUCCACUGGUUAUAUCAUUGGGGAGGGAGAGCCAAAGGAAAUAAUAGAUAAUUUGAAAAAUAAUGGAUGUAAAAAAGCAAAAAAAUAUUUUAAUCUUUGGGAUUUAAUUCAUACUGCAGUGUUAUUCUUUUUUCAAGAAGGUUGAUUUAUAGAGAUUUAGUGUAUAAGGAAUAUUGGCUGUAUAAUUCACUGGAGAGUAAGAGGAAUGACUGUUAAUACCAGUGCUUUUAACACAUUGUCACAGUAUUGGCAUGUAACAAAACAUACCAAGUAGCUUACUUUAUGGAUAAUGGUGUGAAAUCAGUUUGUGCGAGUGUACCUGACAAUGGCGACAGUGAUGUGAUUGUAUUUGUAAACAAAGUAAUCAAGAUGUAUAUAGCAAAAUCUAACUGUGUAUGAAUCUGAUGCCUUGUACUUCUGCUUACAGAGAUUGCAUAUUAGCACACAUGCUCUGAUGAUGAUGAUGAUGUUUAUUUAUUAUUAUUAUUAUUAUUUUUUAAUCAUUAUUUGUAUUUUAUUUUUUGCUUCUCCCUUUUUCUUUUCUUUUAUUAGCAAAUGUUUGCAGCAAGGACCAUCCUGAUACAUUUUCCAGUGUCACUAAUGAAUAUAUGAAUUAAAUUUUAUGGUCAA